AUCCCGACGAGCAUUGCGCCUAUUGCCAUAGCAGCUGGAAGUUGGUUUGUGUCUCCCCAUCAUGGAGAGUCAGACUCGCGUCUUCGCUGCAGUGUUACCUGCUGCUGCUCGGGAGUUUGCCGGUCACGAUAACGAGCAGGGGCUCGAUGUACGAGCAGUUAACCGUCACAGUCCCGGUAACCGGCUGAGGGAGGUCCAGGUCACGGGAACAGCGGAGGUUUGUUGCCCGGCGGACCGAGCGUCGCUGCGGGUCAGCGUGGGCAGCAGCAAAGAGUCGGUCAACGAUGUGACCAACAGCGUUUCACGGCGACUUGAAUACAUUUUACAGGCUGUCAGACAACAUGGUGUCAGUGACAGAGACACUUCUGUGAGGAGGUUUCUCCACCGAGAGGCAGACCAGUAUCACAUGGACGCAGAGGUUGUGGUGACUUUCUCCGAUUUUGAGAAUAUGGAGCGUGUGUGUCGUGUCCUUCUGGAGAAGCUGGACAAGAGUGUUUGUGUUGGAACACCGCACUUCUACCACAGUGCCGAAUGCCUGAGUCAAAUGAGGCGGCGUGCAUGUGUGUCAGCAGUUGAAAAUGCUCAGCAGAAAGCCAGUGAAGUCAGUCAGCUCUUGGGCCAAACUCUGGGAUCCCCCCUAUUGGUCAGAGAGGAGGAGACAAGAGAGUGGAGGAAUGAGGAUGAGGAGGAUGAAGGCAGAGGCCAGGGUGGAGCGCCCCUUCCUCAGCUUCCCUGUACACCCACAAUCACUGCCUCUUCACGGGUGUCUGUGUCCUUCAGCCUCAGAGACAAAAGCAGGAAAAAACUCUGAAGACGUGAAGUUUGUCGCUGACUCAUGAAACCA